CCUCUGUUCCCCCCUGUAGGUCGGUCAAGGGAUGCCUCACACAACCGGCAGUGACAAAGAUCUGGCGAAAAACCACCGGUCUGUUGGGUUGCCGUGUUUGCAAGAAUGCAGAGAGCCCCCAGCAGCAGCCAUACCUGCUUUCUGUGCACGUGCCACCUUCCUUGAGCCAUGCAGCCUUGUUGAUUGAUUCAUUGUGACGGGUCUAUUAAUGGAUGCAUGACGGAGGAGAACACGACUGGGAAGGUCAGUCAAAGCACACACCGAGGCUCUGACAAAACCAAGGAUGACAGAACCACCAAGGAGAAAAAAUGGAUGGAUUGAUGAAUGGAUGGAUGCUUGGUUUGUUUGUGUCUGCGGACGCAAGCAAGACGGCGAGCAGAGCCAAGCAUAACAGAACUCAUUGCAGGCAUAACAGAACGCUUCCCACACAAUCCUUGUGUGUGUGUGUGUGUUUCGGGCGCGGAGGCGUGUCUGUGUGUGUCAUGCCCUCUGUGUGUGUGUGUGUGUGUGUGUGUGUGUGUGUGACAGAUCUGACGGCCAACACGCGCAGCAGGGGCUGGUUCAGCGUCUGCCGCUGCCCCGUAACUCACUCACGGCAAUGCAUCUGAUCGCAUCUUCCAUCCCGUCGUCCGUCGUGCCGCCCUGCUUGGUCAUCAUCGGCUGGCGAGGACAAGGCGGCUGUCGCUCAGGCACUGGCAUCCAUCCAUCCUGCGGGACAGUGUCGAGAGCGGCGUGGCGAGCACCGAUGACCCUGCAGCACAGCCACAGGCAGAGGAUGGCAGCACAACGAAGGAGAGAGAGGAGGAGAGAGACCGUCCGCCCUCACCAUUCCCAUGGCCGGCCAUCAAUCGGAAGCUGAUGACCUUUGUUCCUCACAGCACCAAAGGCUCUUCGUGUCCGCGGCGUCCACCAAUAGGGCAUCCAUCCGCCCCACUGACGGCUGCUUCACGGUCCUCGAGGGCCCAACUCGACCGUCUUGGUAUCCCUCUGACGGCCCCUGCCACACUGGCAUACGGCCUCGUUGACCUACGGGUCGCUGCUGCCUUUAUCCAAGCCAUCAGCCGAGCAGUGGACACUCCCCAUGGUGCUGGCCCUCGACGAGUUCUGCCACUACGGUUACCUCUCUGCGGGCCUCUUAUAUUGGCGUCAGACUUCUGCUGUCUCUGUUGGUUGCGCUGCUGGCCGCCUGUGGCUCGGCCGCAGCACCGGAGAACACGGGCUUUGUCAAGCUGACCAGUGCAGAGGCCUCGUCGACUAUCAGCCAAGAGGAAAACUCGCCACUCAGAGUCAGUCUAGUCUGCAUGACAGACAGACAGGUACACGUGACAGACACACAGACAGACAGACAGACAGUCAAUCAGCCACUCAUUCACUAAUUCAGUCAAUCACUCAAUCACUCAUUCUCUUGAUGUGUGAAUGAGUGCAGUCAAUUCAGCCGGGGACAUCGUACUGGUGUUCGACGGGCGGCCACUCGGAGAGUGAGAAGGUCACCUGGACAGGCCACCUCGCACAAAAGAGACGAAUCAAGGGUACACACACACACAGGGACAGAGAGAGAGAGAGGGGCACACACACACAUGAUGUAUGUGACACUAUCAUGGUGUCAGGUGUGAAGAUUCGGUGGGCCUAUGGUCCUGGUCGGGUGGAGAUCGCCACAUCGGUUGACGGCAAGAACUUCGACACGGCGGCGGCGUGGCGCGAGGAGCCCGUGAGCGAGGAGGCGUGUAAGGAGCACAUCAUGUUCGCCACGCCCAAAUCCGCCAAGGCCGUGCAGAUCAUCAUAAAGGGACCACUGCAGAACUACUUCGGAAUCACCCAGGUGUGUCCACCCACCCAUCCAGCGCGUUCACAUCUCUAUCCUUCUACGCGUGGUUGUUGUCUCUCUGUGUGUAUGUUUGUGCAGGAGUUGAAGAAGGGGGAGGCCGAUGCAGGCGACGACAAGACCGCUGCCGAGCUCAAGGAGCGGCUGGAAGUGCUCACCAUGACCAGGUCAGUGAGGCACCACAGACGACCACUCAUCAUAUACCGUCGUGUGUCCAUGUUGGUUGUCUCUCUAUGCGUAUAGGCUUGAUGUGACGGCACAUCGAGGAGGGCCCAUUCAGCCGAUUGCUUGACCACGACGAAUG